GAGUCUUCUACUCCUCCAGAGGCACGGUAGCCCAUCAAGAUCCACUUAGUGCUGACGUCACUAAGCUGCUUACCGCAGCAGGUGAAUGGAGGGAGAAACUAAGAAAGAUUCCUUUACAUUGAUGUUGGACUAACUGACACUACAGACAGCAUCAUGACGACAUGCUUCUCUAGCAAACAGACAUACUGACCUGUCGGAUUACGUUUUUCAUAGUCUGCAAGUGAAGUCUGGAGUUUGUGAGUGGUGUAAGCAGCCUUCAUGGAGCUCCUCGGCCAGGUGACACCCCAGCUGAUGUUGGCUGUAGGGACAGCUGUGAUUGGCUCUCUCCAGUUUGGCUACAACACAGGUGUUAUCAAUGCUCCUCAGCAUAUUAUAGAGAGCUUCUACAAUGAGACGUGGAGCAGCAGGUUUUCAGAGCCCAUCUCCCAGACCACUUUAACAGCUCUGUGGUCUCUCUCUGUGGCCAUCUUCUCUGUGGGGGGAAUGUUUGGCUCCUUCUCUGUCAGUCUCUUCGUCAACCGCUUUGGCAGGAGGAACUCCAUGCUCAUGGCCAAUGUGCUCGCCUUUAUUGCUGCUGCAUUCAUGGGCUUCUCCAAGCUGGCUGCUUCCUUUGAGAUGCUCAUUGUGGGCCGUUUCAUAGUGGGUCUCUACUCUGGGCUUUGCACUGGCUUUGUGCCCAUGUAUGUUGAAGAAAUCUCACCAACAUCUCUCCGCGGAGCAUUAGGCACUCUGCAUCAGCUUGGUGUAGUGAUCGGCAUUCUCAUGGCACAGAUCUUUGGGAUUGAAUCCAUCAUGGGGAAUGCCUCCCUGUGGCCCCUCCUGUUGGGUUUUACUCUGCUGCCAGCAGUGCUGCAGUGUGUCCUGCUGCCACUCUGUCCCGAGAGCCCCCGAUACCUCCUCAUCAACUGCAAUGAGGAGAGCAAAGCCCACAGCAUCUUGAUUAAACUGCGGGGCACUGAUGAGGUGAGUGAGGACAUGCAGGAGAUGAGGGAGGAGAGUCAGCAGAUGAAGAGGGAGAAGACGGUGACCAUCCCUGAGUUGUUCCGCUCCCCCAUCUACCGCCAGCCCAUUUUUGUAGCCAUCAUGCUACAGCUCUCACAGCAGUUAUCUGGAAUCAAUGCUGUGUUUUACUACUCGACUGGGAUCUUUAAGCGAGCUGGUGUUUCCCAGCCUGUCUAUGCAACCAUAGGUACAGGAGUGGUCAACACUGCCUUCACUGUGGUUUCUUUGUUUGUGGUGGAGCGAAUGGGCAGGAGACCACUUCACCUUGUUGGUUUGAUGGGAAUGGCAGUUUCAGCAAUUUUUCUAACGGUUGCCAUGGCGCUGUUGGACCAGAUCAGAUGGAUGUCAUAUGUCAGCAUUGCAGCUAUCUUCAGCUUUGUAGCAUUUUUUGAAAUUGGUCCUGGCCCCAUCCCCUGGUUCAUUGUGGCCGAGCUCUUCAGCCAGGGGCCCCGACCUGCUGCCAUUGCAGUUGCUGGUUUCUCCAAUUGGUCUGCCAACUUCUUAGUGGGGAUGUGCUUCCAGUAUGUUGAGCAACUCUGUGGUCCAUAUGUCUUCAUCAUCUUCACCGUCCUGCUGCUCGGCUUCUUUGUAUUCACCUACUUCAAAGUACCAGAGACCAAGGGCCGCACCUUUGAUGAGAUUGCAGCGGGCUUCCGCCAGUCAGCUGGUCAGGGUGCUGACAAGUAUUCAGCCCCUGACGAGUUCAACACCCUCAGGGGGGAUGACCCUGACCUUUGAAAGCUGCUGCACAUGCACACACAUGCACACGAAGCUACCUGUUACACUUGGGGUACGCUGUUAGAACAUUAUCAAUGUCAAAUAUCCCAUAAACGUUGACAUGUUGACAUGUUGACAAAACAGAAUUCACAACUCCUUGCAUAAGCUAUAAUUAAAUAAUUUACUCCAUCAAUUAUUUGAUUCAUACAUUAUUAUAUUUUUAUUUUCAACUAAUUUAUGUAUUUGUCUGGUAUAAAUGGGUUUCAUUAUGAUUGAAUCCACAGGUCACAGAGUGUCAUGACUCAAGACGUCAUGCAGUAUAUAUAUUGUAGCCUGUGAACACUUACUGUAAAAUUAAUGAACCUACUGAAGUCAGCAUUCCUCUUACUAUAUCCACAGUUGUAUUUCCAUAU